AUGGCAGAACUCUGUGCUCAACAACAGCAACAAUUAUGGUUAUCCCUACUAAAUCUUCAACAAAUAAAUCCAUUACAAGAAGCUCUCUCAUCAAAUGAUCACAAAAGUCCGGCACAGUCAAGUUCACCGCAUGAUUCCGAUCAAACACAAGAAUCAGCGAUGAGCAGCAAUGAAGAUACAGAACCGCCACCGAAAAGGAGAAGGAAACCUGAAGCAAAAGACAUUGUCCGAUUGCCGAGUGAGAAGGAAAUUGUCGAAAAAACAAACGAAAUCACAGAGAUUAAAGAAGAAGAUGGAGAAAGGAUGAGAAUCGAGGAUCGAGAUGUCGAGAGAUCACCUUCUCCAGCCGAAACACCGACCACUCGUGGCUCCCAAUCGCCUCUCCUUCUCCCACAUUCACCGAUCUCACCACAACUCCAAUCAAUUCUCGUUUCUCAAUUGGGUGCCACUUUCUCGCCACCAAUCCCAUCAACAUCUCCAUCAUCGCCUGAUGGGAUUCCGAAUUGGAGUCGGCAGAGAGAUGGCGGAAAGUUGGCUUGUCCUACUCCUGGUUGUGAUGGAUCUGGUCAUCAAACUGGCCUCUACACUCAUCAUCGAUCACUUUCUGGAUGCCCGAGACGGCCAGACAAAACGACUAUUCAAAUGUUAGCGUUGGGAGCUGAUACAGUGUUGAGAUGCACGACGCCUGGAUGUCUCGGAAAAGGACACGUUAAUAGCAAUCGAACCUCUCAUCGAUCACUCUCCGGUUGUCCGAUCGCUUAUCAACAAAAAUUGGCGAGAAAGGGGAUAAAGAUGCAAUCCCCGGGUGGAUCGCUUCCUCAAAACAAAUCCAGAUCAAUCGAUUCCCCUAUUUCAAUGGUCGCUUCGAAGAUUCCACUUCAGCUUCAAAACGACGAGAGUCCACUUGAUUUGACUUUGAGACGACUCGAGGAGAUCACGAAAGCACAAAAUGCGCCCACAAUUCAAGGAAAUGGAAACUCAUUCCUCGAAAUGCUCCAACAAUUGGCAUCAAAUGGAGGUGUCCUUCCAUCCCUUCCAUCCCUCCCGCCCCUUCCAAUCCCAUCACUUCUCCAAACCGGCCCAUCUCCAUUUCUGCCGAACCCCUUCCUUCCGCUUGGCAUUAUGCCGCCGAACUUUGAGAUGAAACCAUCAGUCAAACAAAUCUCCCCAAUUGAAAUGUUGAUGAACAAUCAAAGAGAAAUGGGAAAAGAAAUGAAUACACAACAACAAGAUGGAGAAAAAAUGAAAGGAGAGACAAGUCAGACAAAUUGUGAAAGCCCGACAAGUCAUGCACAGCUGAAAUGUGAUGAUUCGCAAUCCUCUGCAUCGAUAAUUCCAUCAUUGAUUGGAUCGCUGAAUCACUCUGUCAAUCCAUUAAAUUCUGCGCGCAAUUUCGGCUCUCCACUCCAAUUGGCUCAACUUCUUUUCGCGCAAAUGAGUCAAGCACAAAAUGGCAAUCAAUUUCAG